AUGCGGCUUAUCCUAUUCGCUCUUUUGGCCACUGCCGCUGGUUUGCCUAUUACAUCUGCCAAUCAGCAGUCUAAUGUGUUGGGAUUGAAACGUUUUGUGGAUAGAGUGAGGAUUGGUGAUGUUAUUGAGGGUUGUACGGGAGUCAGUUGUGUUAAUAGAUCAAUUACCAAUAUCAGAGAUCAAGCUAUUUCGAAAAGUCUUGAUGGUGUUCAAAACGGUGCCGACGAAGAGGAUGUUAAUGAAGAUAAAAAUGAAACUGCGAUUGAAGAAGGAAGAGGUAAAAAAGGAAAAAAGAAAAAGGGCUAUGGAAAAAUGAUGAUGGCCCUUGCUGGAUUUACAAAAGCAGUGAUUUUGUAUUUCAUGAUUCACGCUGUCGCUGCCCUCGCUGGUAAAGCUCUUAUCGUUGCUAAAAUUGCACUAGCGAUAGCUGUAGCAGUGGCACUUAAGAAAUCUUCAGAACAUAAAACCUCGUACGAAAUAGUAAAACAUCCACAGUACAGCAGCGUCCACACACAUAGCUCCAGCGUCGACUACGACCAUGGAAGCGGUGGUUACGAAGGUAGCAGCCGUAGAAGACGAGAGUUGAUCCGAUAAAUUUUUUUAUCUAUCAUAUUCCGAUUUUAUUAUUUUUUCCAUUAAC